CCCUGGAACCGUUCCCCACUUGAAGCGAAAUUCGCCAGCCCUGGUCAGCAUUUUCACAGAUUGUGAAAUUGUGUAUUAAAUAAAUAUACAUACAUAGAUAAUACGAAUAAUCAAUACGAUAAAGAUGUCUGGUGGUCCAGCGAUUACACUGAAAAGUCAACCGAUCGGAAGCAAUUCUGGAAAUGCUGCUGCUGCCCAACAGCAGCAAUCUGCAAAUGACGCUGCAUCGGGAUCUUCAUCUCAAGCUGCAUCAGGAGCGGCGGGUUCGACUGGGACACCAGCUCAGGAGGGCACUCGGCAAAAUAGUUUACAACGCAUUCAGCAACGGAAGCAAAAGGUAUUCAACUUGCCCGAGGCUCAAAAGCUGGCCAAACUGUCUAUGUAUUCUGCAUGUCAAUUCGAAGGAUGUCGCUGCACUGGCUGGAAAACACCACAGGAAAAUCGGCACAGAGAUGUCGAGUCCUCCUACUGUCCUGAAUUUACUGAGGAGUGCCGAAACGCAAGCUGUUGUCAUCCACUUCGGUCUCACAUCGCUCAUUUGACAGAAAUUUCCAGAGCGAGUAUGGACGACCUUUUGGGAGCUAUUAUAGAUAUGGAAAACCUAUUCAUGUCAAUGCAACGUGUUGAAGAUGAGGACACUAAAAAAGUUUAUUUGUACCUCUUUCGACUGCUUCGGCAAUGCGUGCUUACUAGACAGCAAGCUGUGAUUCGUGGGCCAUUAGGAGAUCCACCAUUUGAAUCACCGUGCAUAACUAAAGCCGUUUCAUCUUUAGUUUUCUAUAAGUACAGUCACUUAAACCAAACCGAACUGCAAACAAUGACAGAAGUGGCAAAGACAUUUCUGAAUUUUUUAAACCACUAUAACUUCGAGUCGCCCUCUGCUCGUCGAGCCGACUCAACGCAGACACAUGAGGAUGCAUCGACUUAUAAAAUCAAUUAUACCCGCUGGCUGGUAUUUUGCCACGUACCAGCAUUUUGCAACUCUUUGCGUCAGUUCGAAACAUCCCUAGUAUUUGGGCGAACACUUUUAAGAACGGUUUUCCAGUCUAUGUCACAACAACUAAAAAAGAAAUGUGUUUCGGAGCGAGAUCGCUUCCCCGAAGACAAGAGAUCUAUUAUAACACAAAUGCCAAAAUUUUUGGAGGCAUUAAGAGGCGAAUUGCUGAAAGACGAUUCCCCUAUAUGGGACCCAAAUUACAGGCCGCCAAACUCAUUUGUUAUGCAACAAAGAAAGCGUCACCAAGAGGUUAACUCAAUGGCCGCUGGUGCCAGCUCUUCCAAUAUUGUGAGUGGUGUCAAACGCUCUAUUGCUGGGGAGCCACAACACAAGAGGCCUAAAAAAGAUACUGUAGAUCGAGUCAGUAGUGAAAAUUCGGACGAUCUCCCAACUGAAGUUGUUUUACGCGCAAUGAAUGCCGUUAUGGAAUCGAAAACCACAAACAAAGCUGAGAUCUUGUUCCCGGUAAAUGUGUCACGCGAUGAGAAUGUGAAAGCCGAAGAACAAAAGCGUGCAAUCGAAUUUCAUGUUGUCGGAAAUUCACUUACAAAGCCUGUUGACAAACAAACCAUCCUUUGGCUGCUUGGAUUGCAGCUUGUGUUUGCCCAUCAAUUACCGGAGAUGCCACGUGAAUACAUAAGUCAGCUGGUUUUUGAUACUAAGCACAAAACGUUAGCACUUAUCAAAGAAAAUCAGCCAAUCGGCGGAAUAUGCUUCCGACCGUUUCCAUCGCAGGGUUUCACAGAAAUCGUCUUCUGUGCAGUUACAAUGGCCGAACAAGUGAAGGGAUACGGAACCCAUCUGAUGAAUCACUUGAAGGAUUAUAGCAUUCAGCGCGGCAUUAAGCAUCUACUAACUUUUGCCGAUUGUGACGCCAUUGGGUAUUUUAAGAAACAAGGCUUUUCUAAGGAUAUAAAACUAGCACGCCCUGUUUACGCAGGGUACAUUAAGGAAUAUGACAGUGCUACCCUAAUGCAUUGUGAACUUCACCCAAGCAUUGUCAAUACACAAUUUAUUGCGGUAAUACGAAAUCAAAGCGAAAUUCUGAAGGAGCUUAUUGCACAACGUCAUAAUGAGGUACAAAAGGUAAGAGCUGGCUUAACAUGUUUUAAGGAAGGUCUGCCAUCAAUCCCAGUAGAAUCAAUACCUGGAUUAAGAGAAAUAGGAUGGAAACCACAAAUGCGUCCAGCACGGGCUUCUCGUCCAUUGGAAGAAUCCUCGGACCCAGAAAAAUUAGCCACCUCAUUUGCAUCCGUCCUGCAAUCCGUGCGUCAACAUACAACUGCUUGGCCAUUUUUACGGCCGGUCACUGCAGCCGAGGUGCCCGAUUACUAUGACCACAUUAAAUACCCAAUGGAUCUGAAAACAAUGGGAGAACGUUUGAAAAGGGGUUAUUACCAGAACCGACGUUUGUUUAUGGCAGAUAUGGCUCGCAUUUUUUCCAAUUGCAGAUUUUAUAAUUCCCCAGAUACUGAAUACUAUCGCUGUGCCAAUUCACUUGAGCGUUAUUUUCAAACCAAAAUGCGUGAACUCGGAUUGUGGGACAAAUAAUGCGUCAAUCCAUCAUUUUCAUAUCUCAAUUUUUCCAAAUCGACUCUCUCUUUUAGAAAAAAAGCAAGGAAAAAAUAAAGAUUGGUAUUAAUAUGUUUUAAAUUAAAAGCUUAAGCUUAAAGUCACUAAGAAUAACCUCUUUAUCAUUAUUUAUUGUACAUACAAGUAGCAUUAUUAUGGUAUAUUCCUGGCUUAUGAAUUAAAAUAUAUACGUAUAACUAAAAAGAUUUUAAUCAUUUUAUACAUUCCGAUGGUUAUGAGUUGGUCAUUUAAUUGUGUUCGCUCAGCUGAGAGUAAGUUUUCAAUCUAUGAAUGGUCCUAGUGCGAAUCGUAAAUAAAAUCAAUGGAAUUCGUACCAAAAAUGUGUAAGUUGAGUUUUGCCAAUGGUAUGAUGAUAAAUAUAUAUUUAUUCGAACACAAAUAUUAAUAUUUGAUAAACAGUUUUUUAGAUACACAUAUUUAUUACAAUUUUUAUACAUUCCUUUGUGCUCAACAUAAAUAUAACGUUUCCCCAGCAUGUUAGAUUAUUUAUCGCAAUUUAAAAUGUAAUUUUACAACUUUUUUGAUUUGAAUUUAAAACACGGCUUAUUCAUACUAAACAUUUACAAAAUACAAUUUUUUGAUAUACAUUAGUAGGAGUAUUCUAAUUUUUCCAAAUACAAUUUCUGUUCCAGUCCCAAGAAGUACAAUUCAAAGUAAAAAUUUAAAGAGUUCCAAUUGUAGACAAACUGCAAGUCUUAAACUAAAAUUGUAGUGUUUCAUGCGCAAAAUAAAAUAAAACCCUUAAGCUAGCUCACAUAGGUACAUAAAAAUCAAACUGACACUGAAAUAUGUCGAAGAAAUUACCAAGUGUUAAAGUUCAAAGUCUGGGUAGAUUUAUUUGUUGUCCACAUUGCUGUUAAUGGUUGAAUUAUACAAUGUUUGUGUUUAAUGCAUGCAUGUACGAUUAUGAACGUGUUUCUGUUAAUUGAAAUAUAAGUAUUAGUGUGGGUAUGUUGAUUUACAUUUUCAUGUUUAAAAUGUUCUUAAAAAAUGUUUAAAUGCUAGUAACGUUUUGAAUUUAUUGUUUUAUAAUAUGUAUGCCCACAAUUAUUAUAAGUAGUUCUAAACAAUCUUGUAAUUUUAAAAUAUAAACAUGUGAAUUUCGUUUUCAGUUUUCUGUUUGGAAUUCCAUGGAUUUAAAUAUUUUCUUGUAAUAAUUUCAUAUUUUGCGACUCCUAGAGCUUCUUUUCCUUAACUUUUCAUAGGCUUAUGUAUAUUAUUUUCUUCAAUUUAUUACUAAAUAUAUAUAUGUAUAGGUGUGUAUUUUCUCUCAUAUCGAGUGCUGCGUCGCCAAGAACCUUUUGCAAGCCAUUUACACAAAACCUAACAUAUGACUGCUACAGGGGACGCUUUCAAUUAUUUGCAAAGCGAAGCAACACGGUGGGCGGCCUGAGUGCGUGCACAGGACGUCAUGAGCGGUACACCACUAAGUUAAAUUAUACAAUUGUUUUUGCUUGUUUGAUGCUGUUAAAUCCAUAUCUAGAUUAUCUCAAUGAUGAGAGCUUGUUUUUCGUCGAUCGGUCGUUUGGUCGCGCGAUGGUCUCUUGAUUGGGGUAUUUUUCGGGUAACGGUAACUAGCUUUACUCUGAGUAGGACAUUUUUUUUUUUGAAUUCAUAGAGUUUUGCACUGACAAAUUCA